AUGGCGACAGGUACGACGAUUCUAAAGAAAAUUUCAUAAUUUUUUGAUUUUUUAGAAGUCGAUCAAGACGAAUUCCAAAGUUGGUUGGCCACCCAAAAUUUGGAGAAAGUUGGAGUUGACAACUUGACACCACUCACAGAAGAGGUGAGCUUGGAUUUUUCAUUGAAACAAUAGUAAACUCCAAAUUUAGGUCAUUUCCCGUCAAGCUACAAUCAAUAUCGGAACAAUUGGACAUGUAGCUCACGGAAAAUCAACACUUGUCAAAGCAUUUUCCGGUGUUCAUACUGUCAAGUUCAAGAAAGAAUUGGAGCGUAAUAUUACAAUUAAAUUGGGUUACGCGAAUGCUAAAAUCUAUCGAUGCUCGAAUAUUGAAUGUCCACGACCAGGAUGUUACAGGUAUUGUUAAUAUUAAAGUUUGCAAAGAUAUAAAUAAAUAAAUAUAUUUUCAGAUCUGCUGGAUCUUCAACACCAGACAAAUUCAAAUGUGAAAGAGCUGGAUGUGGCGGUGAAUUCACAUGUGUUCGUCAUGUUUCAUUCGUUGAUUGUCCUGGUCACGACAUUCUUAUGGCUACAAUGUUGAACGGAGCAGCUGUUAUGGACGCCGCGUUUCUUUUAGUCGCUGGAAAUGAACCAUGUCCACAACCACAAACAUCCGAACAUUUGGCUGCUGUUGAAAUUAUGCAAUUGCGUCAUUUGAUGAUUUUGCAAAACAAGGUUGAUAUUAUUAAAGAGACUCAAGCCAAAGAGAAUUAUGAGCAAAUUUCGGAUUUUGUUCGUGGAACUGUUGCUGAAAAUGCUCCAGUUAUUCCGAUUUCCGCGCAAUUGAAAUAUAAUGUUGAUGUGAGUUGUUUUUCCAUUUUUUUUUAAUUCAAAACUGUGUUUUUUUUUAGCUUGUUUGUGAAUAUUUAUGCAAAAAGAUUCCUGUGCCAGUUCGUGAUUUCAAAUCGCCUGCCAGACUCAUUAUUAUUCGUUCAUUCGAUGUUAACAAGCCAGGAUCUGAAGUUGAAGAUUUGAAAGGAGGUGUUGCUGGUGGAACUUUGAUCAAAGGAAUUCUCAAAGUCGGUCAAGAAAUCGAAGUUCGACCGGGAAUCGUGUCAAAAACCGCCAACGGACAACUUCAAUGUCGACCGAUUCGCUCGAAAAUCGACUCGUUGUUUGCCGAAAAAAAUCGAUUGGCCUACGCGGUUCCGGGCGGUUUGAUCGGAGUCGGAACCAAAAUCGAUCCAACACUUUGUCGCGCCGAUCGUCUCGUUGGACACAUUUUGGGAGAGGUUAACACGUUGCCAGACAUUCUUAUUGAAAUUGAAAUCUCGUUCUUUUUGUUGAGAAGAUUGUUGGGAGUGAGAACCGAGGGAAAGAAAAAAGGAGCUAAGGUUGGUGUGGAAAAAUUAUGAAGAUAUAUGAGAAUGAGAAUCUUUCAGGUCACAAAAUUAGUGAAAGAAGAAACAUUGUUGGUAAAUAUCGGAUCACUGUCGACCGGAGGAAGAGUAACAGCUGUGAAAGGAGAUGCAGCUAAAAUUAGGUUAAAUGAGCCAAUUUGCACUGAAGUGAGUUUUUUUAGAAUAUAGUUUGCCUAACUUCAAAUUUGAACUCACCAAUAUUUCGAACAUUUUGAAUUUUCACAGCAAAAAAUGACACAUUGUGACUUAAAAUUCAAACUUUUCAAUUCGAAUUUCUCAAAAUGAAAAAAAAAUCAAAACGUGAACUCGCCCAUUUUUUUUGAAUAAAAACGUGAAUUCUUUUUUUCAUUUUCAAAAUAAAAACUACUAUUUUACCCAAAAUCCACCAUUUCCAGGUCGGAGAAAAGAUUGCAAUGUCUCGUCGUUUCGAAAAAAGUUGGCGUCUCAUUGGUUGGGGAACAAUCCGCAAAGGACAAAAAAUCGAUCCAAUUUACGACUAA